AUGUGCGAUUUCGGAGUAACAACAAGAAGAUUAUUGACCAUUCCGCCAAAUUUCGUGCCUUAUAUGGAAAAGCACAGAUUAUACGAAUUCUUUUAUGAGUUAGUGACGCAGUUAUUAAUCCAGAAACCCGAGGAUCCAUUAGUAUUUAUGAAACAAUGCAUUCAAUAUGCCAUACGAAAACGAGAUAUUCCCAGAAUCAUUCUUAUAGCUCCUCCAAGCUUUGGUAAUUCUAAUUCACUUACAGAUAUACCAAGAAGCAAGAAGGAAGCACGUGCGAUGCAACGUGUCGGCGUGAUACCCACACAUGUAAUACAAAUCGUAUCAUCAAACGCAGAGAACGAAACUCAAAGUAUACUUACUGUAGGAUCAGUAUUAUUGACUCUGCUAUUCUGUUCUUGUUCAUUUACAUCCAUUUUUAUUUUUUUUUUUUUUAAGCACAGUGAAGUCGAAGUUGGUGUUAAGACAAUUCAAGAGCUAGGCAAAGAAUGCGCGACAUUAUCGAAGAUUAAGAAACAUUAUGGGGCACCAUCGCUCUUUCGCAUAGCUCUCAUAGGUCCUAGGGGAUCAGGUCAUCACUCUUUGGCAAAGCAUAUAUCUGAGAGAUUUAAUCUCGUUCAUGUUGAUUUCAAUUAUAUUCUGGAGCAAGCAUGUUCGCAAGAAACGGCCUUAGGUGAAAUGUUACGAUUAUGCGAGUGUUACGGAUACGGAAAGAAAUUAAAAUCAGAAACAAGAAUAGAAAUUGUCGAGCAAUAUGUACUCGGAUCCGAAUGUCUUAGAAAAGGAUGGAUUUUAACCGAUUAUCCUAAAACUGUGGAGGAGUUCAAGCUUCUGGAUAUGAUAUCCACGCCACCCAAUAGAGUAAUCAUUCUCAAAGUGGAUGCACAAAAGUUUAGAGAGAGACUCUUAAAUCGCCGAUCUAACCUCACCAAUGGAAGUGAGCGUGAUCUUGCAUCGUGUGAGACUUUAGAAGCAGAGUCAGCUUAUGAAUUAGAUGCUUAUCCCAAAGAUUACGAUGCCAAAGAUAAAGAUGUCAUUGAACAAGAUCUUAGGGAGUACGAAGAGAAUAUAAAAGAUAUAAUGCAAUAUGCGGGGGAAACUGCAUCCGUGAUAGAUGCGAUGGAUGAGGAAAAACGCGUGCAGGAAAAACUGGAAGCCUGUCUAAUGCGAUCAGCACCGUCUGCGAAACCUAGAAUCCCGCAAAUACCACCUCCGAUCGAUCCGAUGGACAUAGAAUUCGAUCCUGAUGACGAACCCGAUCCGAAAAUCUUCGACGACAUACGCACACCGGAGCCUAAAUAUUCUUUUAUCUAA